CAAAGACUAGGCUUUCAAGUCUUCACAAUUAUCACCAAGUGGGAAAUUGAAUAACCCAUAAUGGUACGUCAAGUGGAACCAGUCCAAGGUGGAAUUGCAGGCGUGAACCUUCUGAUACCUAAAAUGAUAAAAAGAUUGUCUAUUUGGGUUUGGCAUUUUCCCAUCAAAAACUUUCUCUUUGUUUAUUUUAUUUUAUUGGUCAUAUAAAUUAAGUUUGUUUUCAAUUCGAUUAUUGAAGCUCUAAAGAAUUAAAAAAAAAAAAAGGCCUCUGUUCUUGUUUCUUGUGUUGCUAAUAAAAAGACUCGUAUUAAUAGCUUCCAUUGGUAUACAACAAAUCGACAAAAGUAAACCCAUGCCAUUGGUCGAUAUAAUUUGUUUGUUGUUAAUGUCAUGCACGUUGUAGGGUCGUCGAUAAAGAAUAUUUUUUAUACUUCCAGAUGGAGAAGGCUUCAAAGGGUGAAGUGUCUAAUGGUCAAAAGCCACCGGCUAUGAAAACACCGCGUACCCAGUUUCUGCUUUUCUUUCUUGUUUUCUGGGUUUUCCUUUCUAUAAACCUGCUGAGAUUGAACCAGAAAUUCUGAUUAGAGACAGCUAAAGAAAAAAUAAAUAAAUAAAUAAAGAAGAAAACAAUAUGAAGUUUCGAUUUCCUUGCUUAGCUUGUUUUUCCUCUGAAAGAGAAAAUGGGGUCUCUGAGAAUUCUAGCAGACAAGAUGAACAAAGCCAAGAAAACUUUCAGGUAUUCUCUUCUCACGAAUUGAAAGCCGCCACUAGUGGCUUUCAUUCUUCAAACAAGGUGGGAGAAGGGGGAUUUGGCACUGUCUUCAAGGGCCGGCUAAGAGAUGGAACUCUUGUGGCAGUAAAAGUGCUUUCUAUAGAACUUGAAUCAAUGCGAGGAGAGAGGGAGUUUAUUUCUGAAUUAACUGCACUGUCUGAUAUCAGGCAUGAAAAUCUUGUGAAACUUCGAGGAUGCUGUGUUGAAGGAGCUAGCAGAUACUUGGUCUAUGAUUACAUGGAAAACAAUAGCCUCACGCAAACCUUACUUGGUGGAGAGCAAACAAGGAAAAAUUUUACUUGGGACACGAGAAGGGCAAUCUCGUUGGGAGUAGCUCGAGGACUUGCUCAUCUACAUGAAGAGGUCCAACCACAUAUCGUGCACAGAGACAUUAAGGCAAGCAAUAUACUUCUUGAUAAAAAAUUCAUACCAAAAGUUGGUGAUUUCGGUUUGUCCAAACUACUAAGAGACGGCAAGUCUCAUAUUAGUACUCAUGUUGCUGGGACAAUAGGCUAUCUUGCUCCAGAAUAUGCUAUUAGCGGGCGUUUGACCCGAAAGUCAGAUGUUUACAGCUUUGGUGUAUUGCUGUUAGAAAUUGUCAGUGGCAGACAAGUUGUGAUUUUUGACAUGGAACGUGGAGAACAUUAUUUGGUUCAAAAGGCAUGGGAAGCCCAUAAAGCUAACAAACUUCUGCAGCUGGUUGAUCCUACGCUUGCAAUGAACUUUCCUGACAAUGAAGCAAUCCGAUUCAUAAAGGUUGGCCUUCUAUGCGUGCAACAGACUGCCAGGCUGCGGCCACUAAUGUCAGAGGCUGUAAAGAUGCUAACAAAUGAGAUUGACAUCGAAGAUGUCGAAAUCUCACAACCUGGAGUUGUUACUGAUCUCAUGAAAAUCAAAAUGGGACAACAGCACUCAUCUCAGACCAGUAGUGUUUUCUCAAAUAAUUUCACAACCAUCAGCUACCUAGACCCCUACACAUCUGACUUCUGAUUCAAACAAUAUCAUUUUGAUGAUUUUUCAUUUCCUUUUUACUGGUUUACUUUCUGAGUUUGAACUGCUGUGGCUUAAUUAGGCUUAUCUAACUCAGGAUUCUACGCUGUUACUGUGUAAAUAAUAUCUGGAUGCUGUUUUUCUUCUUUUCUUGGAGGAGGGGGUCGGUUUUGUAGUAGAUUCUUAAUCUUUGUGCAAUAUGUAACAGAAUGAUUCUUGCAAAUAACAUUCUGAAAGAGGUAAAACUUUUUUUCUUUCUCUUA